CUAAGAAUGAGCACCUUACCUGUAUUCCUUCUCCAUACUUUGUGUUACUUAGCUGGACUUGUAUUAUACUCUAUAUAUUACUUGUGCGAUCCAAUCUUAAAUAAAUAUCAAACGGGGCUGUCAAAAUAUGAUCAGAUUGUGCCCUUUUAUAUAGUCAAUCGAUUGAGCAUUUACCCUGGACUCACUGGACUUUGUAUAGCAGGGAUUUUUAGCGGUUCUCUAAGUACGAUUUCUUCAGCUCUGAACUCACUGUCAACUGUGACCGUGGUUGAUUUUAUUCAGCCUCUCUUAAAGUUAAGCGAAAAAAGAAAUGUACAGUUAGCCAAAUUAUUUAGUUUCUUUUUUGGAAUAACGUGUAUUAGUCUCACAUUUAGCUUUUUCAAUGUCCAAAGUUUGAAGCAGCUGGGUGUUAGUCUCAUCGGCACUUUAGAAGGACCGAUGUUCGCCAUUUUUCUGUUUGGCGUUUUAUCUCGAAAAGUAUCUGAAAAGAGUGUAUUAAUUGGAACAUUGCUGAGCUUACCCAUAACCUGUUUUAUUGGUUUCGGAUCCUUAAUAAGCGGCUACAUUGAGCCUCCAUUAGAGCUGAAAGCUAACAACUGCUCCUCUUUCGGAGGGAUUCCAAAUGUGACAGAUUGCUGUGAAGUAAAAAACAAUUUCACAUCAGAGUUCACAUCAACAUCUCAUGCUAAUGAUCUCAAUGAUACAUUUGUGUUAUUCAAGAUUUCGUUUCCCUGGUUUCCUAUUAUUGGAUGUUUUUGUGCAUCUUUUAUGACUUUUAUGACAUCAUGCUUACUAGAUUCCGAUGAGAACCUUAUAGAACAUGAUUCAAAAUGCCUCAGUCCAGUGACUAAACUUUGGAUCAAAUGUCCAGUAGAUCCUGAUUUAUGUUUAAUGCCUGCAAACGUGCAUGCAUUGGAAGAAAAAACUUAUGUAUUGAAAAAGGAGAAUUCGCCAGAACUUACGAAUGAAGCAUGAUUCUUUCUUUACCAUCAUUACUCUUAUACACCUAUAACUGUUUCAGAAAUUCAUAUUGAUCAUUAAUAAAUUUAUCCCCAGAAUGUUUAGUUACGGAUUUGUGUUAACCAGGCUUAAUUUAUAUGUUAAUAAAAUAUUUAUAGUUCAUUAAAGCAAUUUGA